CACAAACUUGAAGUUUAUAUUUUCUUGAAUAUUGGCGUGUUCUUGUACCAUCUAAUGGGUGGAAGCAGCCGAAAGAAGUUCUCGCUCUUCAGCUUCUUUAAAUCACGAAGGUCGUCUCAUAGAGUUGAAGCAGACGCAUGGGACGACGGCGUAUACACAAGAAAGGCAUGGGCCAGCGACGAGGACAAGCGUUAUUGGGUGGCUGAGCCAGGUAUUGACCGUAAAGCUUCCGCCUUCAUCGCCAAGUUUCAUGCCUCUCGUGUCACUGAGUCUGAGUGCCAAACUCUCCCUCCUUGCCAGUCUCAUCAUAACUAGCCAUCAUCAUAAUCAUGAUGAUGAUUAAUGAAAGAAUGCCAAUAGCUUAUUUAGUUUGGUUCUAUGUAUAUUCCUUUUUUCUUUUAUGUUCGUAAUUGUGUGUCCUUAUGAUGAUUUGUUUAUAAAAUGCAUUAUAUGUAAUU